AUGUCUUCAUGUUUUGGUUCAAGAAAGUCAAAAGGUGACGAUACUCGUCCAUUAUUGCCUCAAUAUGAGGAUGAUACUUCAUUACAGAGAACGGUUCAUCAGAAAUUGCAUACUUAUCAGAUGCUUAGAGCUUUAUCCAAGGGCUUUAUGCCAUCUACUGAACAAGCCAUAAUCAAUUUGAGAACUCUAUUGGCAUCAGAUGUUUUAAAUCCGGACAAUCCAGAAUUGACAGAUAGUGGAAGACGAUUGAUCAAAUUCUCGAAGCAAUGGCUUACGGAGUUCAUUGAAUUGUUAAGAAAUAAGAAUGACGGAGAUCAGAUUCAAGACUUUAUAUGGUUCUUGAUACACUCAAGAAUCUCUGUCAACACAACGGAUCUUAUUGAAAGAGCCACAAGCACAAGAGCAAGAGCAGACGCCUCAGCUGCAUACGCAAGUAUCAAAACUGUUGGUAGUCUUCUAUUGACAAAUUCCGAUUUUCGAAUAUUCCUUUCAGACCUCAAUACCAUUGGUCGACAGGUCUUUGCAGAUACAGCAAAGACGGUAUCAGAUGUCGCAGAAGAUGCUGCGAAUAAAAUUGAGCCAUCGGAUGUCGAGAAUGAAGCAAUGAAGAAGCCAGGAAAGGAGAGAAGUGAGCCCAUUCCUAAAGAAGACCUUCAAGCUGAAGCAAGUGAGAUUGGCGAAGUCGUUACGAAUGGCUUCAAAAAGGCAGGUAGACAAGCAGGUGAAAGUUUGAAGGAAAACAUUUCUGGGGAGCAGAGAGAGACUUUAAGAUAUCGUUUGAAGGAAGCGGUUACGAAAUUGACAAAACGAAAUGAUUAUUCGGACUCAGUCAACACAAUUGGUCUUCUCAUUCAGAGAUACGCCAAAGCCUAUUCUAGAGCUGUGGAUGAAUCUAUCAGCGCUGUUCAGGAUGAUGUUGAACCAAACCCAGCCCUUGAUCGUGCAGUGAAAAAUGGUUGGUCUUUAAUGAGUUCUUUUGGUGACAAGGAUGCAUGGAAAGAACUUGAGAAGCGAUUCAACAAGGUUAUGGAGCACUCUCAAAAAGAUCCCGAAUUCGAAAACCUCAUGGGAGAAUUGGCAAAAUCAAUUCAACAAAUGCUUUCCGAUCCAGAUUUCUUCGAUGCCGCGGCCAAUAAGGUUGAUGAAUUGAAAGAAAAAUCUAAGGAAGUGGGCACCGAGUCUCCUCUUCGAAAAGAUAUUGAUAAUUUGCUAAAACAAGCACGCACAACAUUCGAUUCAGUAAUGAACGAUCAAGAUGUUUCCAAACUGGUUCACACAACGUUGAAAAUAUGGAACAUUCUCAACCCACUCAACAAAACCUCCAACACCGAGCUCUUCACUGAUCUCUCUACCGUGUUAAUACCCAUGUUCAUCUCCGCCAUUCAAUAUGUACCAAUUCCUCGUCUCGAGAUAUCCGUCCCAGAAAUUGAUCUUCUUCUUGAGAAUCUCAUCCUCGAACCCGGUAGAACUAUUAAUCAUACUAGUUUCUUACCAUAUCGGCUCAAGAUCCAAACCUAUAAUGAUCUCUCAAUUCAAAAAGCUCGAUUCCGUACCUUUUCAAAGGUUACUUCUGUGGUAACAGUCAAGAUUCAAGGACUGUCAAUUAGAGCAGAUGAAGUUGGAUUCUGGCUCCGAGCACAUAAAAGUUUGUUUUGGUUAGCCGAUGAAGGAAUCGCUUCUUUCGAGCUUGAUGAUAGGGGUAUCGAUAUCGAGUUCGAUGUUGAAAUCGGCCGCAACAAACUUGAGAAAAUACUUACUUUGAAAGAUACACGUGUCAAGAUCCAUCAUCUUUCAUACAAACUCAGCAAAUCAAAGUUUGCUUGCUUAGCCUGGAUUUUCAAACCUCUCCUUCGUCCUAUCCUCCGCAAAACUCUAGAAUACCAACUCUCCACCGCCUUGGCUGAUUUCUUCCAUGCUGCCAAUCGCGAACUCCUCUAUGCACGUGAACGUCUCCGUGCAACUAGAAUAUCCUCUCCAGAUGAUAUUCAAACCUUUAUUAAAGCAAUCAUAACAAGGUUGAAGCCAGAAGAGGAUCCGGAUCUGUAUCUAAAUGUGGGAGUUCAAGGGGGUGCAAAGAGCAAAGGGAAUGUUUUCAAAGGCGUUUAUGCGCCAGGUAGUGUUGUUAAAGUUUGGGAGAGGGAGGGUAGGGACGCAGAGGAGAUCGUGGAGGGAGAGGCAGAAAAUAACGGCGGUUGGAGAAAUGCAGUAUUUGAUGUUGGAGGGCAGGGACAAGGGGUUAUGGGUUGGUAG